ACUUUCCAUAAAGAGUAGACAUGGUUGGUCCAUUGCCAUGGGUAAGUGGGAAAGGUAACGUCGUGGGAACCAUUAAAGAUAGCCCAAUAUGACAGCUUAGUAUUUGCAAACCCGAAAAGAUUGCGCCGUGAAAUCAGGCUCAUUAGCAAAGACCCAGCUAUAAAACUCACAUGCAAUCAGCUUGCAGCAAGCAGCGCCAUCUGUCUAUAUAUCACACGGCCGAAGUUACUUUCCACACAAAAGCACCUCCACAUCUAACAGUUCACAAAAAAAAUAAAAAGAAUGAAACGGAAAACGGGAGGAGAGGGAGAGGGAGAGGGAGAGGGGGAGGAAGGGACAUCUCUCAUAAAAUAGAAAGCAGCAUAAUCUAAUGAAGGAAGCAACAGAUUCUUCACAACUCACCUCUCAUUAUAUCGGUUUUUGUAAGGAAAUAAGCUCUCACUUCAAAACCCUUCUUUUUUUUCUCUUUCUGUGAGUUGUGGAGAGGAAUUAGAUCACAUGAAGUCUUUAAGCACUCUUUUCCAACAAAAACAUCAGUAUGGCAAAAGGCAGAGAUGCCCCAACAUUGGGAGAUUGGUACCUUUCAUGUUGCCUUGUGUGUUCAUAGCCACCAUUUUCAGCACGAUCUUCCUCCUCUAUUCUCCAAACCCUUUGGCUAUCAUAUCCAAAGAAGGCCUUGAUUCUUUCUUUAGACAUGAACAACCCCAGGGCCUUGAUUCUGUCCCAGAACAACUCACUAAAGAACAACCCCAGGGCCUUGAUUCUGUCCCAGAACAACUCACUAAAGAACAACCCCAGGGCCUUGAUUCUGUCCCAGAACAACUCAUGCAAGGCCAUGAUUCUGUCGAAAAACAAUUCCAAGAACAUGAUCAACACCCCGAUCAGAAGAGUAAAUUCUUGAAUAAUUCUUUUUUCCAAGAACAUGAUCAACACCCCGAUCAGAAGAAGAAAGAGAUUAAGUGUGACUUGUUUAAGGGUCACUGGGUACGAGAAUCAAGAGAGCAUUUGUAUACCAAUUCAAGCUGUGCAACAAUUCCAGAGUCAAAGAACUGUUUUAAGCAUGGGAGGAAAGACAGGGAUUUUCUCAAUUGGAGAUGGAAACCUGACGAAUGCGAGCUCCCAAGGAUUGAUGCCAAGACCUUUCUGCAAAUUGUGCAACAAAAGAAAAUGGCAUUCAUCGGUGACUCGGUUGCCCGAAAUCAUUUCGAAUCCCUUCUAUGCCUCUUGUCACAGGAGGAAAUCCCAAAAGAUGUUUACAAGGAUUCAGAAGACAGGUUCCGGACAUGGUACUUUCCACGCCAUGACUUCACCCUCAUGGUCCUUUGGAGCAAAUUCCUCGUAGCCGGCGAGGAAAGGAUGAUAAAUGGUACAGCAUCCGGCGUUUUCGACGUGCAGAUGGACAAGGUUGACAUCAAGUGGGCCAAGUACCUUCCAGAUAUAGACUACGCGAUCAUCUCGGCUGGGCACUGGUUCUUCCGAUUAAUGUAUCUCCACGAAGGGGAGAACAUUAGAGGAUGCGUUUAUUGCAAUGAACCAAAUGUAACUGGCCUCACUGUAGACUUUGCUUUGAGAAUGGCCAUUCGAGCUGCGUUUAACUACAUAAAUGAAUGCAAGAACUGCAGCGCUCACCUGGUGACAUUGUUGAGGACAUUUGCACCAGCUCACUUUGCUAAUGGGGUUUGGAACACGGGAGGAAACUGCAACAGGACAGCUCCUUUCGGCGAAAAGGAGAUAGACUUGGGGAGUAGUUUUGAUUGGCAAGUGAGAAACGUUCAGGUAGAAGAGUACGAAAGAGCAAAAAAAGUGGGGAAAAAGCAAGGGAAGAGGUUUGGAGUUGUGGAUGUUACAAGGGCAAUGCUGAUGAGACCGGAUGGACACCCAGGAGAACACUGGGGCAACAAAUGGAGAGAAGGCUACAACGACUGUGUUCAUUGGUGCAUGCCAGGCCCCGUUGACACCUGGAGUGAACUUUUUAUGGCAGUUUUGAGAAAGGAGGCAGGGUUGACUUGAUUUCUUGAUGAAGGGUUGGAACUAUUAAUUAACCAGGCCAGUUAGAGCGUAAUUUAUAUAUAUAUUAUACAUCAUAGCAUACAAAUACAUACAUACAUAUAGAUAUUUUUUGUCAAAAUAAUGUUCCCGUUUUUGUUUAUUCGGGCAUUUGAAUCUAAUAAACUUGUUGGCAACAGUACCGUGGCAGAGAAAA